GGCCCCGCCCCUUCUCCCUGCCGCUUCCCUCCUCCCCGCCCCCUCGCCUCUGGCUCCUCCCCUUUUUCCCUGUCGCGUACCUCCUGUGCAGCCCCCCACCCUCUCCUCUGGCUCCUCCUCUUCUUCCCUACCGCGAUCCUCCUUCCGGACCCCGGACCCCAGCCCACCUCUGGCUCCUUCCCGUCUUUCCUGCCGCGCUCCACCUUCUCGACACCGCCCCUCCGCCUCUAGCUCCUCCCGUUCUCUCCUGCUGCACUUCUCCUUCACGACCCCGCCUUCCGGCCUCUGGCUCCUCCCCUUCUCUCCUGCGGCGCUCCUCCUUUCCGACCCCGCCCCCCGCCUUUGGCUCCUCCCCCAGUCCUGCCGCGCUCCUCCUUCCCGGCUCCGCCCCCUGCCCGCCUCUGGCUCCUACCCCAUCCCGCCUCUUGCUCCUCCCCUUCCCCCCUGUCCGGCCCUGGCAGGAAGAGGUGGUGCCAGGGUCGUUGCUAGGAUACGACCAGUAACUGAGAAUGCGGCGAGUAUUGAAGCUGCUUCUUAGGAGCCUGGGAAAGCACUUCGACGAGAAUAGUUGCGUUUCGUACACAGGAAAAUGUCUAAUCAGCCCAAGAAGUAUGAAACUCAGAAUAUAGCCAAUUCAACAGAAGAAAGUGAUGCUUUUGACAUUGUUACUAUUCCAGUUCCCUCAGAAGAGCCUCAAGAGUCAGAUCAAACUGAAGAGCAUGAAUCUGGGAUAGAACAAUUCAGUGAGAGCCAUGCAAUACAUGUUGAGGAGCAGAGUGACCGAAGCUUUUCAAGCCUGGAACCAGACAAUGAACAACUCAUGAAAGAGGUUAUAUCACCAAGACAAGUUUCAUAUACUCCACAACAUCAUGAAAAGCAAUAUGCAAUGCAGAGUCCAAAUGAUGAUAGUUUGGCAUUUCUGGAUAAAAUAAAGGCUAUAAAGGAGUCUUUGCAAGAAUCAAUGGAAGAUUCUCUAGCAACAGUAAAAGUUGUACUUAUUCCAGUGGGCCAGGAAAUUGUAAUAUCUUUUAAGGUUGAUACCGUUCUUAAAUAUCUCAAGGACUAUUUUUCACACUUAUUAGGUAUCCCACUUUCUGUACUGCAGAUAAGAUACUCAGGAAAAAUUCUUAGAAAUAAUGAGACUCUAGUACAACAUGGAGUUAAGCCACAGGAGAUUAUACAAGUGGAAAUCUUUUCUACAAAUCCAGAUCUGUAUCCAGUCAAAAGAAUAGAUGGAUUAACUGAUGUCUCUCAAAUCAUAACUGUCACUGUCCAAACUGGCCUUGAUCGGUACCAGCAGGUAGCUGUUGAGAUUGUCAAAUCUGACUUUCACAAACCAUUUCUUGGUGGAUUCAGACAUAAAGUAACAGGAGUAGAGUAUCACCAUGCUGGAACACAAACUGUACCUAAAAAGAUUCCCGAAAGACUCAGUGUAUUUUGUAGGGAUACACAGACAGUUUUUCAGAAAAAAAAUCUCCAACAAACUACAAAUACAACAUCCACACAGAUGACUAACAUUGGUGUAUAUGUAUCAAAUAUGACUGAUAAACUGGUAACACCAGGAAAGUAUUUUUCAGCAGCAGAAUACCAUGCUCAAAGACUAAAGGCGGUGAUAGUGAUACAGACUUACUACAGGCAAUGGCAUGCUAAAAUCUUCGUAGAGGAUUUAAGAAGACAAAAAAGCUUAAGGUUGGAAUGGGAAACACAGCAAGAACUAAGGAAGAUAAGAGAAAAAGAAGAAUGGGUAAAAUUGGACUAUCACCGGAGGCAUAAUCCUAAAACAAGUGAAGAUUUUGAAUUUCUUUAUAAUGCAUUAGAAUUCUGGCGGCAAGAAGAACUUAAACGUAUUAACCAAUCUUUCACUGGAGCUGAAAGGAAAGCUGCUCUGUGUGAACUUCUGGAAAAAGAGACUCAGAUAAUUGCUUCUAUUGGGAGACAUAGAUACAUUGCUUAUACGGCGAAUCAGGAAGCAGCAAUACAAGCUUUUUUGGAUAAGUGUUCAGCUCCAAAGAUAUGGAGAACCCCUAAUGGCAAAACAAUUGAGAUGGAUACGCAGUUCACCAUCAGAGCCAGAGAGCUGCAAAAUAUCUAUAAGUGCAUCAUGCUGAAAAAUAUCUCUCAAGAUGAGAGGCUGGAUGUGCUCUUAACUCUUAAACACACUGUAAAGGAACAUGAAUGUAAACUAACUCAGGAAAUUCUAGAAUUGAUUGACAGAGAGGUUGACCUUAUGAUGAGAGGAGUCAAACAUCAUAACCUUGAAGGACUCAGAAAAAGAAUUGCGACACUCUUUUUUCAUUAUAUCAAAACACCUCUGUUUAAUCCUGAAGUUGCAAAAUACCUUAAGGUCCCUCAAGACCCAUUGAAAUUUUAUAAAAAGAUUUACUUUUGCCACAGUUGCCAGCUUUAUUUGCCUUCUACUGAGUUUUCUAUAUCAUCCACCUCACGCCGCAUAUACCGGUGUCGUAACUGCAUUAGCCUUGAGAAUGAGGCUCAAAAACGAGAAUCAUUUUUGAAGUACAGAUGUUUACUUCAACAGCUCUACUUUACAGAAGCUGAUUAUGAAGAUGAUUCUAAAAUUGCUUUCUUGAUGCAGCUACAAGACAUUCAGUACCUGACAGAGAACAUCUGGGCGUCCCAGUCCGUCCUCAGUGCCUGGGACGAUCUCAGUGAUCUGGUCAUGGUCAGAUGGAAUAAAUCCCUGGAGUGGUCCCCCUGGAACUGUAUUCUUCUUACCAAAGAUGAAGCGGCUGCUCAUCUCAACCUAACAAGUAUUGAAGAGGGAUAUGAACGCUCGUUUAUUCACAAGAUCAAACACAAGCAUAUCCUGGCUAAGAACUAUUUUUCUCAGAUUCCAGUGCUGGCUUCAUUUAUACUUGAUGAUCCUGAAAUUGAUGAGAUCAGAUGGAAACAUCACUCAGACACAACACCUAAGAUUAUAGAAUCCCAGAGACCUCCUCCUUAGGUGAUCCAGGAAUAUUUGUUUGAUGAUCGGCAUUUUGUUCACUGCUUAUAGGGUAAUACAGAGGUCACAGAGUAUGGAAAUGCAAUUUAAUCUGUUUAUUGAUUUUAUUUUUUGUUUUUCAUAAGUAUUUUGAGUUAUAUCAAGAGAAAACAUUUCUAUAUAAGUAUAUUGUUGUUAGGAAGUUAGUGCUAAAUUGAAAUGCAGUUUUGUUACUGAAAUUAAUAUUUUGGAGUAAAGAAAACAUUUUAAAAUGUGUUUUCACAUUAAAUUUUUAAAAAAAUUUCAAGUAUAUUAGAGUUAAAAUCUAACAACCAAAUAAAAACUAGACAACUUUCAAGUUAUUUGUUUUAGAUAAAAUGUAGUUAUAGGAAGCUAAUCAGUAUGUGGAGGGGAGGAAACAUUAUAAAAUGCUCUUUCUUGAAAAUUUCUGUAAGCAGGAUAAAAAAACUCAUUAUUUUAGUAUAGGCAUUUGAAUCUUUGCAGUUUAUUGUCUGCUUUCACCUUCCAUCCUUCUCAUAAUCCCAGUAAAACAAUUGACACUAUAAAUAAAUAAAAAACCUUAAUUCUGGGUAAACAAUGGAGCUAUUAGCAUACGCAAGAAAAACUCCCCGUGGACCAUGGUGAAAUUGUAAGAAGAAUAAACUUGGUUAAAUAAACCAUAACAACCCCCUUCUCCAAUAAACCAAAGAAGUGACCUUGACCACAUAUACAUUAGGGACCUGCGGUGAUGAGUAAUGGUUUGCCAGUCAGUCUUAACAGGAAAUGGAUGGCACACUCGAAAUAGCUUAAGCCAAGGAGAGUUUAUUUACAAAGGGCCUUAUUGUAAGGUGUGGGUAGUGGGUAGGGAAACUAAAAGAAUAGUAAAGGAACACAGGGCCAGUAUCAGACAGGCUGUCUCUCCCUCUAGUCUCAAAUGAAUUUGGGGAGAAAGUCUGAGAACCCAGGAAGAGUGUAAAGAAGAUAACUGAGAGGAUCAAGUUAUCUUGAUCAUGAUAACAUGACCAGUUGUGAAGGGAACAGCCAGGCAUAAGGGAAUCUCAUGAACUAGAGAAAUAUACAAUUUCAUACUUCUUCCUUCCUCCAGUCUCCUGCUUGGGUUUCCCACUGGCCAAACCCAAAAGGAAAGCAGAAGGGGUAGGAGUCAGUUUAUAAUUUUUAGGGCUUCAAGGCAAAGAGCAGAGUAUGUAAGGGGAAGAGUAGAUCUGAAGGGCUAAAUAGAAAGUAUCCAAAUGGAGAAAGAAUUAAAAGUGAAAAUCUAUAAUCAAAUAGCAGUAUUUUACUCACUAUCACACACAACAUAGUUAUAUAUACAUAAGACAUGAUUUUUCUCCUAAUUCCAGUCAGCAAUUAAUGAGACUUUUCUCUCAAGUUUAAUGAUCAAGAAGUUAAAUAUUUGUUCUAUGUAAAUAUUUGACAACAUUUCAGCCACACAUUUUGUAGGAUAUCUAAAAUUUUUUACAGCACAUGGCAGUUGUUAAGAAAGUAUAUCAAGGAGGAAAUUGCCAUAAUGUAGUCAUUUUCAAGGUCUCAUAGACAAUUCAGGGAACUCUCUAAACAAUAAAUUACAGAUGGGACUAGAUUGGGGACCAUUCUGAUUACUGAUAAACUGGCAGCAAUUUAAUACAGACAAAUGCAGGUUUACACUGGAAUGUAAAUGGUUAGAUGUUUUGUAAGACACUUUAGGAGAAUCCCGUAGCUCAGAGAAGAAAGGGUUGGGGAGGCAGGCAGUGAGAAGAAAAUAGCCAGAGAGGAAGAAAUAAAGGACUUUAGAAUUCCCCUGUUGACCCAGGGGUGAAACAACUGGAAUGGAAGACUUACGGAGAAAAAUGGAGAGAGGAUAGGAAAUUUGAAGUCUGAAAGAAAGAGGUGAGGGUAUGUAUUCCCUUGGUUUCUCCUAUCUGCUUUUUUGGUCUGUUGUCAGUGGCUGCAAUUCUCUACAUCAAACCACAGCUCUGGUUGGGUGGUAAUCCCUCUUGCACCAUGACUCUUUCUGAAUUUUGAGAGUCAUCUUUCCUUUUCCUCUUUUAGCUUAAGCAUGAAAAUGGCUUCCUUUUGUGUAGCUAGGUUAAGAUGCUUUAUUUUUUGUAUUGAUUUUGUUAGGGUCCUCUCCAUUGUAAAAAAUUCUUUUAUUAAAUACUUCUUAAACAGUU